UGUUGCCAAGCCGAUGUGACGCGUUCUCCUUGGUUUCGACCGACUGCGCCUGCGCACUGCAAUUCUCUGAUGGCGGUGUCAACAGAGGAGCAUACGCUUAUUUUCAGCAAUUACUAAAACAUGUUGAGGCCAAGAACACGGAUGAAAACAUGCACAGUGACAAGAAAUUAUCCAAGGAAGACACUUGGAAACCAGCAGACCUAAGAAGAUACAUCAGGGAUGGAGAACCUGGGGAAGAAUAUAUCAGGAGGCGAAAUGAAACUGAGAGGAGGCACAGGGGAGGGGAGUCUGUGGAGCGGCGCCACAGGAACUCAGAAAAGGAGUUCAGACAUGAGAGGGACUAUCAGAGGGAACGGGACCGAACGAGGGAGAGAGGGAAACAACCAGAUGGAGCAAAAGACAGAUAUCUAGACCGAAGGAAAGAGGGGUCCAGCGACAGGAGAGAGGAUAAGGAUAUGAGGGAGAAAGACCGAGAAAGGAGAAGAGAGAGAGACAAGUAUGGUGGUGACUACCAGGAGAACAGGGACAGGAGGCGGGAGACAGAGGAAAGGGAGAACCAGGAAAAGGACAGGGAGAGGGAGAGGGAAAGGGAAAGAAAUAGAGAUAGGGAGAGGGAAAGACAUGAUGAGAGGGACAGAGACAAAAGGAGGGAAGAGAGGGACAUGGGAAGAAGGAGAGAAGAAAGGGAUAGAGAACACAGAGGUGACAGGGAGAGAAGGAGGCAUGAGGAAAGUGGGGACGGGGAAAGAGAUCGGACUCAAAAGCAUGAUAGGGAGCAGAGAGACAGACAUCGGGAGAAAGAGCGCCUAACAGAAAGUGAACGGUACAAAGCUGAAUAUAAAGACAGGAGGAGUGAUAAAGAAAGACAAGAGAGGCAUACAGACAGAAAACGCUCCGAACAAAAGGAGGAGAGAGGGUAUAAAGACGAACAUAGAAAAGACAAGGAGGACAGAGAAAGGAGAUACAAAGACAGAGGGCAACAUGAUGAAAAGCGGAGGCAUGGCAGUGAGUCCAGGGAGCAAAGAGACUGGAAGGGAUCCAGUGGUGAUCAGCGUGAUGACAGAGAGCGAGCAGAACGAGAUAAACACAGAGAGAGAAGGCACAGGGAGCAGGAGGGCCCAGAGAGGAGUCACAGAGACAGGACCGGCACCAGUAAACCAGCAUCUGACCAAAGUCAUAGUCAUGAGGCGAAGACUGCAGAAACAAAGGUUGCCAAUGAUGAAGAUUUGGCUGCAGACCAGGAUUAUGGUGAUUAUGAAGAUGACUUUGAGAAAUUGGAUUAUGAAGAGGAUUUCGAGGAGUUGGAUGAGAGUGCAGAUGAAGGCGAAGGUGAGGGUGAGAAGGAGCCACACCAUCCAGAGGUGAGAGAGGAGAAGGAGCAGCUUACAGCGCGAAGGAGAGAGGAGAUCAAGGCGAUUCAGAGAGCCAUGCAUGAGGAGAAUGAGCGAGCUGCAUUUGCCCAGACCAGGCAAAGCACCAGCACAGAGGAGGAGGACAGGCCCAAACGGUCCAGAGAGUCUGACAAGAACAGGGGCAGAAAUUCUCAGCGUGGGAAGUUUAUUGACUUUGUGGCCGCAAAGCAGCGUGAAGUCAGCAAGAAAGUCGCCAACAAACAGAAGAAACGUAGUACUGAGCUGCUUCGCUUGAUUGACCUGGAUUUCUCGGUGACAUUCUCCCUUCUGGAUCUGCAGCCUGUCAAUGAAUACGACAUGUACAUCAAAAGCUUUGGAACAGCAAAUACCAAACAGGCAUAUGUCCAGUGUAACGAGGACAAUGCAGACCGAGACAUUCAGACAGAGGAGGUAGAGGUGUGUGAGAAGUGGACGCAGCAUCCUCCAGAGAGGAGUGGAGCCUGUGGUGAUCCGAACCUUUCACAAGAGGCACGAGAUAAAAGCAUGAGUGCAGUGAACAUUGAUUCACAGCGUCUGACAGCGUUUCUACGCUCAGCUUCACAGGUGAUGGUUGUGCUGUUGGAAGAGGACCAAGCUGAGAGAAAGUCAUUGCAGCAACAAAGGACUCAAACCGAUGUGCUGUCCUUCAGCGACAGCAGUUUACAAAUCAACACUAAGUUGCCUUUUCUUUAUGAUCGUCAGGUCAGCCUGCUGCACUUCUCUCAGGUCCAGAGACAGACGAUGAUGUCAGUCCACAGCCCUGCAGUUAAGCCCAGCUCCGUGCGUCUUGACAGCUUCACCAUCAUCUGCAUCUGGAACAUCUGGGAGCCAUCACGACCCCAGAAGAUCCUCAUCUAUGAGUCUGAGGUGCAGUGUUGCUGCUUCAGCCCUGGAAAGGCCUCGUUGGUUUUUGCUGGCACGUCAGUCGGCUCUGUGGUGCUGUGGGACCUGAGGGAGCAUGCCAGCAACCACUACUGCCUGAAGAUAGGGGAUGAUGAGUGGACCUUCCGACACCCUACCUUCUCCACUGAUGCCAUACUGGCCGGCUCAGGUCAUUUGUCCUCAGUGAGCUCUGUGGAAGUGGUUCCCUCUACAGUAGCAGGGGGACUGAGGCCAGAGGUCCCCCUGUUGGCAUCUGAGGAAGAGUCCUCAGGACUGUCAUUCCAGUUGGCUUCUCUGGAUGAAACUGGGCUUUUAAAUCUCUGGGUGGUGGUGGAACUCCCUAAAGCCAACAGUGCAGGGUCCCAGACAGACCUGGGGCUCCGGCCUGGGGGCAAAGUGAAGUUGCUUCACAGUUCCUCCCUGGUCACUGCUGAGAGGAUAUCACCGCGGGAUGCAAAGAAAACAGGACCGUUACAAACUCUUCUGUUGAAAUUCCUGCCAACUGACUCCAAUCAUUUCUUUAUUGGUACUAACAUGGGUCUGGUGAACCACGGGACAAGUCACGGGUUGAAAGCUCCACCAAAGUUCUACAGGUUUCAGGAGGUUGGAGGCCGACCUGUUGACGUCAGCGCAAUGCAUUUCUCACCAUUCAGGCAACACUUGUUUUUGGUGGGUUGUGGGGAUGGCAACAUCAGACUGCAUGCAGUCAGCCAUGAGCAGCCUUUAGCAGAGUGGAAGAGCAGCACUGCUGGAGAGCCGGUGGUCUGUCUGCAGUGGGCUCAGACCAGGCCUACAGUCUUCUGUGUGCUGGACGCAGCCUCGAACCUCCACAUAUGGGACCUGCUUAAAAAUGACUUGGAGCCUGUCAUUACUGAGAGGAUGAAUGCUGACAGGGUGACGGCCAUGGCUGUGUUUGGAGACACAGGACAACAAAACACAUACUCAGGAUUAGCGCUGGCACAUGAGUCAGGAAAAAUAGAAAUGCAGUAUUUUACAAGGAAUUUUACCAUGCCCAGUUCUGCAGAGGAGGAGAAGCUGGAGAGCAUGAUGAAUGAAGCCUUCUGAAAUGGUGUGUCUGAUGUGACUGUGUGUGUAUAUAUAUUUUCACAAUAUACAAUUUACUUAAUAUACAAGUUGCUUAAACUCUGGCUGAGCAUAAAGAUCAACUUACAGAGCUGUUUUUUUCACAGUCAGACACUGUAAAUCUGUUGUGUAGCACAUGUACAUUUAAAAAUUUAAGUUUUUUUUUUUUUGUUUGUUUUUUGUUCUUUGGGUGAAAAAAUGUUCCCUCAUGUCCACCAGUCCACAAAAAUCAUAUUUUGAUAAAUAACUGGAAAAUAGACACUAAUAGAUGUACCAAUCAAAAGAUUGUCACUAAAUACCAAAGAUCCUCUAUUUUGAAUAAGGAUAAAUAGGCCUACAUAACCAUCCUGCAUAAAUACAGGAAACUAAAUUUGUAAGUCUUUGUUUGAUGUAAAUAUACUUUUUGACAACUAUAAAAUAUUUGUAUUAAUAAAGUUAAGUUUUUAUACAAUAAACUGAGGUUAUCUGUGA